GUUGUCAACAGAGAAGGAGAGGAGAGAGACGGAGAGGACUCACACCGGAGGAAGAGUAACGGAGAGAUUCAGCGGCUUCAUACCGACAGGGAUGGGCUGCACCCACAGCAAGAAGAAGAAUAAAAACAAGAAAGGAGGGAAGACCCAGAAGGACAGCAGCCGCCCAGAUGAAGGAGGUAACCGUACGUCAGGUGAGCAGGACGUCUGUCUGGAGAAGCAGAUCGAGCGAUUCGAGUGGCAGCUGAGGAUUUUAAAGGAAGUGCUCUCGGCCAAUGGCAACCCAGAGAGGGCGGAGCUUCUGAAGGACCACGCUGAUGUGGAGGUGUGCGGCCUGGUGCUGAACAUCCUCGAUAAGGUGAAAACAGAGACGACGGCUGAUCUGAACGUGCUGCAUGAACAGAAGAGUAAAAAUGCUACUGAAGAACAUGAGAGAUAUGUGGAAGAGCUUCAGAAAAAACACGAACAAGAAAAAGAGUCUCUGACGGAAAAGUUUGAGGCCGUCGAGGAUGACCUCAAGAGCCAGGUGACCCAGCUGUCAGCUGAUCUGGAGGUUUUUAACCAGCUGAAGAGGAGAGUUGGAGAAUCCAUGUUUAAGAGGGACCUGCAGAGAAAUAUCCAGGCCCAUGGCAGCCCAGGUGCAUUCUGGGAGUCUGAGCAGGAGUCUCUGGUGUUUGUGAUUGAGAUGAAGAGUCAGCGUGUUCAGGAGCAGAACAGGAAGCUGCAGCAGAUGGACGCGCUGGUGGAGAAGAACUUGGCGUUGGAGGAUCAGAUCGUUCACGUCCUGCAGCAGAACGAGGAUCUGAACGUUCGGAUAGAAAACUGUCAGGCUCUCAUUCAGCAGUUAUCGAAGGAGCAGCAGGAGCUGAAGGUGGCGCUAGAGAGGCAGGCCGUCACCAACCAGAAUCUAUCUCAGGAAAAGGAGCAGCUGAUGUUCAAACUGAGGCACAGAGACUCGUGUCCGACCAUCCACCUGCCUCCCAUGAUGCAGGAGAUCGCUCCCAGAUGAUCACAUGACCCAGAUAGAAACUCUUCAGCCUGUUUUUAUUCAUAAGGUAACGUGCAGGCAGCCUCGCCCUCUGCUCAGAAACUUCAGAUUCACUGACCGCUUGCAGAGAAACGAGACCCUGCUAUGGGUUCAGGUCGCCAUCACUGCAGAACACCAGACUGAGUAUUUCCUGUUUAACUUCACUGUUAUCAUUCAAACCCACAAAGACUGACGGCCACGGCGGAGCCCUGCAGACUCUUACUGCUGCAGCUACGCAGACGUGAAGCUUUUUCUGUGGUCGCACUGUACUGAGCCUCUGAAUAUACGAUGAGCAUGUUCGGACAGACUGAAGUGUUAUCAGACGAGUCACCCUUCAUCUGUGAGGAGGGUCAGAUAUUCCUUAUGGUUAGAGUGUUUGGGAAUCAUGGAGAGCAUUUUCAUCACAGUUUAGACAUUAACAACAAAGUUUAAUUUCUUUAAAGGAGACAGAAACCAAACAAAGGUUAAUACACGGCAUCCUUACAUGAUCACACUACGGAAAGCUGCAAACAUCAACAAUGUAUUAACAUGGACCACAGGUCUCUGAGUAAAUGUGAAGCUGAAAUAUCCCUGCAAGAAGCACUGGAGCAUUACAUGCUUAAGGAAAACUGUAUAAUCGCCAUUAUUUCAGUAAUCCGUGGUAUUUAUAAGUCCUGAAACAUCAGUAAUGUUUGCAGUUUCGCUGCAUGUUCAGGAGUUUGCUUACAAUGUUUGGUUGUUGAAAACUAAAAAUUUCCCAAUAGUGGGAGCCCAGGACUUCUGUUUUUGUUGCAGUGGUAUUAAACAUGUCAACACUGCAAAGAACAUAUCAAAGUUUGAGCAGAACCAGUAUGCUCUGAGCUACAUAGCAGAUGUGGAAGUAGAAAGUUUCAUCCACAGAAACAGGAUGGACUCCUCUUUCUGCACAGGGUAGACUCAAAUGUCGACCUGAAUAGUUGCCAUGCUCGCCUCAUCUUCCUUGUCUUGGUGGGUUUGCACCAAAGACAUAACGUAUUAGACUGUCUACUUACUAGUAAAGCAGAAGGUGUUACUGGUAGUACUAGGAGGCAUUUUAAGAUCUAUCAGUACUAGUAAGCUCAGAAGUAGUGCACUAGUAGAACCAGUGGACAUUUGGAUCUUACAAGUAGUACUGUUAGAUAUGUAUAUGCUUACAAGUACUACCAGAAGACUAAAUGCAAAUAAAGUAGGCGGAGUUAUCGCUCCUGCUCCCUGAUUGGUUUUAAUUUCACAUUUUGAACUGGGGAGCCAGUAGGAAGUCUCAGCCCACUUCUGCCCCGCCUCCUCAUUAACAUACAAGGCUAGCUAGUACACAUUUUUCCACAGUUUGUCUCUCAUAAAUACUAGUAGGCAUUUUAGCCCGGCCUGUGCUCCUAGUAGGGAGAAAAACAGUCUACAAGUAGCAUUAGUAGACAUUUUAAGGCUUACUGGUAUUACUGCUAACACUUUUACUCUACUAGUAAGACCAGCCGUGUAGUCGUAGGCCAGAUUGAGCACUAGUUCUGAAAAUUCGAGUACCAGUAGAGCUAAACAUCAGCUGAUUAUUCUUGCUUUAUAUCACUCAUCAUCCUAACAUUACCUAUGAAAGGCUUCCAGGAAACCUGUCCUGCCAUUGGCAGCCUUUUAGAGCCUUAAAAGGCUGAGCCUGAUUGAUUUCUCCUUCACCGUUGUUGUUGUGACAAAGUUAGUACCAGAGGUCUCACUCCUUCUUGUUUUUAAUGACAAAUUUAAUCUUUUUAUGCUUUAACAGAGGGGGAUGGUGGAUAGAGUCAAAAAUGUGGGUUUCUCUGUCUCGUUUUUACUGACAUAGACAAGGAUUGACAGAAGAGGGAGAUGGGAAGGAACUAGGAGCGUCAAUACUUGGGUUUUUACUCUUAAGCCUUCUCUUGUAAGUUAAUUUUACAAAGUGGAGGUAGUGAUGUAUUCAUAAUAACCCUAUCUGAGUUUGGAAUGUUAUAUCUGACGUGUCAACAUGGAGCUCAAAUCCACUAAACUGUAAAACAGAGUAUAAAGAUGAUACUGAUGAUGUCCUGGGCUCCCGUUAUUGGCCAGUAUUUUGUUUUUAAUUACCAACAUGCUCUGCACACUGUCUAGAUUGUUCAAUAACAAUAUCCAAACACUGCAGGUAGAGAUCGUCUCUGUGUUCUGGAAAACAAAUCAAAGCAUCCAAAAUGUAGAAGAUUUAAACCUUUAAAUCUGUUAUUUCCUCUAAAAGCCUGGUGCCAAAUCUUUAACAGUUUGUGUGGAUGAAAUGCAGUUGGGGGGAGACCCCACUUUGAGUUCAGUUAAGGGUGACCUUUGCUGUAUUCUGAGAUUUAAAAAAACCCCAACAACUACAAGACAGCGCUAUUUGAGCCACAGAGUAAGAUUUUUUAGUUCUCAACAUAGACGUCUUAUUUUACAUUUUGAAAAGAGAUUUAACCACCCAGUUCUUAUGUGUACAGCCAACAGUGUAGUAUGCUUUGGAGCUAGCUAGUCAGCGAUGCAGUUAUCUACAGGAGCUAACGUGGUUGUUGGGCUAACUUGCUAUGUUCUACCUAGCCUGUAUUGUGCUAGCGCCUGGAUCAAGUCUUCAAAACCGCUUGUUUUUUCAGGAAGUCAGACAUGUUUUAUAAUCAAGAGCAGUUGAUGACAUAAAAAUCAGACUUAAACGUACAUGAAUCAUGCCAUAUCGAGUCUGCUGGUUCUGAGAAAGACUGCAACAAAUGCAUUUUCUUUUUGACAAAAUAUGAGAUACCAUUAACCCAUUUUAGACCUUUAGUGCAGGUUGCAGGGCUAAGUUUGAAGAGGUGUAUUGAUGAACCAUACAGUCAUUAGAAUUUGCAGCUACCCCUCUUCAAGAUGGCCGCCAUAUUGAUGUUUAACACUAGCAUUUUAGUGUCUAUUUCUUUGCAUACAGAUAAUCUAGAUCAUUGGAUGCAUUGGCCCCUAAUUGGCUCUGACUUUUUUUAUGCCACCAAAUAUUUCACUUAUUGGUAAAGUUAGAUACUAGCUAGCGAGAAUAAUAAUAAUCUUAUGAUCUAUAGCCAACAAAAGUGUUUCACAUCAACAAAAAUCAAGCUUUUUAUGUGAUAUAUAGUUGGGAACCAAGCAAACUUUUUCAUGUUGGGGGUUUGCAAUUCCACCUCGCCAAAAUGGCCACCGUAUUAACGUAUCUCACAAGCCUGUAGAUGUCUAUAUCUAUGAAAACAGGCUAACUUGAAUGUAAAAAGCUAACACAUUGGAUGCAUUAGCACCCAAAAUGGCUCCUGUUUAGUUAUUCAUGCCACCAAAAAUCUAACUUGGUAUGUGGUACAGUAUGAAACUAGCUAGCUAGAGUGUAAUACAUUAAACACUCAUGUGAAGUUCCACUGUAGCUAACAAAAAUUUUGUACAUCAAUAAAGAGCUCAUUUGUUCAUGUGCUAUGUAGAAAGCUGUAGGUAAGCCAAGGCAACACUUUGAAGCUGUGGGGUUGCAGCUACACCUCUCCAAGAUGGCCACCAUACUGAUGUCUUUAUAAUUCUGGAAGCAAGCUUUUAAAUGUCUGUAUCAAUGGGUACAGGCUGCCUUGAAUGUAUCAAGCUAGAGUGUUUGACACAUUAGCCCCUAAAUAUCUCCCAUGAGUUCUUAAGAAACCAAAUGGCUAAGUUGUCAUUUGGAUAAUCAUAGCACUAGCUAUCUAGAAAGAAGUAAGUGCUCCAAGAUGGCUGCCAUACCGAUGUGUCUCACAAAGCCAAUAUAUAAAUCAAUAUCCAUGGACACAGAUGUCCUGGAAUGUGAAAAGCUCACCCGAAAUGUUCCCAUUAGUUUUAAUGCUACCAAAUGGCUAACUUGUUACCUGGUAAGGCAUGAUACUAAAUAGCUAGAAUGUCGUAAGUUAACCAAACGGCUUUAUGAAUGUCCACUUUAGCUAACCAAAGUUCCUUACAUCAACUAAAAUCUAGCUUGUCAUGAGAUACUUGGCAAACUGCUGGCAAACCAAGCCAACAUUUGAAGCUGCAAGUUGCAGCUACACCUCUCCAAGAUGGCUGCCAUAUUGAUGUUUAUCACAAGCCUGGAGGCAAGCAUUCGUGUGUGUCUUUGAAUGAAAGCUAUUUUGGAUGUUAUGAGCUAGAUCACUGGCGACAUUAGCACUCCAGAAUGGCUUCUAUUGGGUUUUUAUGCCACCAAAUGGUUAACUUGUCAAGCAUGAUACUAACUAGCUAGAAGUUAGCUAAGCAGACGUAUAAACUUCCACUAUAGCUGGCAAAAGGCCUUUACAUUAAUUGAAAGCUAAGUUGUAAUGUGAUACCCAGAAAAGUGUUGGAACAAUAAGAUAACCAUUUAAAGUAGGUGGUUUAGCUACACCUCUCCAAAAUGGCCGCCGCGAUGACUAACCUCACAAGCCCAGAAGUUGCAUUUAUGUUGAUUCUACACCCAAAAUAUGGUGCAUUUCACUUGAUCUUGGAGGUUGGAAAUUUAAAAGUUGAUAUGUCAACCUGAAUUGUUAUUGCUGUUGAAAUUUUAACAUGGAGACUUGAUCAAGGAGUUCAGAACUCAGACCUUGAAAACAGUCGUACAGUCAUUUUCAGCGCCAUCAUCUGACCUCUGGCACAAAUGGAACGCACUGUUAUCUCACAGAAGCAGUUGGUAUAAAAAUAGUGAAGGCACCAUGAGUGUCUGACCAUUUUCAUGUUCUCCACCAGUAAGGAUGUGACUGCAGUGACCUCUGGUCCCUCAGAAGUUGCCAUUGUUGAAACUGUUGGUAUUCAUCAAACCAGGUUUACUCUGUUAUUCCCAGUCGACUUUUUAAAGCUCAUCCAACAGUUCCAAAUCAGAACAAUCACUGUCUUUAUCUUGCCUUUGUAAAGCUGUCUGUUUGGGGUAUUUUGUUAGUUUUAAAUGUGAAAAUCUGCCACAAUCAUUUAUUUUUUCCCUUUUUUGUUACCAUGACGCCGGUUUACUGGUCGUCACUGUUUCUUUGCCAAAACAUUAAAACUGUCAGUGUUUUGACUCUUUCUCCUUAUGCACGAGCACUUUGACAGUAUUUUACUGGGAGUUUGUAUGAGAGAGAUUUUUCCAUGUUGUAUAGUUUUAAACUUUCUUUUCUCUGACAUGUACAAAUGUAUUUCAUCUUUUCUUGGUUGGAUUUUAAUCCAGCAGUUUUUUUUCCUUCUUUUCUUUUUGGCUUGA